UAUCCAGCCUGCUGCUACUACUACUACUAGUACUAGUGCUAUCGAGACGGCUUCAAAAUCGGGGUCAAGGGUUCAACCGCUGACAACCUCAGACGAGGAGGCCGGCGUCUAACGCACUAUAGAUAGUACAGUUUCCAUCGCUGCUUCAGAACUCGUGCUCUCGCGAUCGUGCUGCUGCUUGGGAUGCUGGCGCACCGCGACUUCUGCAUGCCCGAUGACUUUCUCUCAAACGGCUUGAUCUCCAUGCCUACAUACAUGCAGACAGUAGGAGCGGUGCCACAUUGACAGAUACCCACUGCUGGAAAGCCGCGAUCACCAUCGGUAGAUCGGAAGUGUCAGCUUGUUUCACCUACGACCACCCAAACGUAAACCCCACUAUCUGGCCUGGACUCUGCAUAUUUCCUCAAACUGCACCUUCGUUAGAAUCCAGUCUAUUGCGCGGGCAGGUCGUGGAAAGGUGCUCGAACCUAAAUCUCUCCAUUGAAGACCUAUUACAGUAUUAGUAUUAGUAGUACUAGUAGUACUAGCAUCACUCUAUCCACAGAACAUUGAAGGACGUGAGCUGAAACUUGUGGCAAGACGAGACAAGUCUAACUCCUUGCAUAGGUACUACUUUCCUAAGUAAUUAGUUAGAAUAGCUUCUCCGAUGUGGGGGACCCUGCUUGUAGCUUCUCCUAGAUAGCGAUUCCCCUGACAACUGGCUUCUUGCACCCGUUUAUAAUGCCAGCAGAAAGCUGCUAAUAUUAGUUGACUCCAAUAAUUAUAGUAUUGCUAGCCAUCAGACGUUGCGCGAGUUCUCAGAGCAGUGUCUACUGCCAGUCGUAAAUCUCGGCUCCUGGCCCAGGGUGGAGGGGGUGAGAUGCCGGUACCAGAAUGGAGCCGAAAACCGAAGACUUGAUGUUCCUGCGCAAGAGAAUGGUACUACCUGAGCAGUCAACGAAAAUCCUCAAGGACUGGCUGAGGGACCAUUUAGACCACCCUUUCCCAACGAAAGCAGAGAAACAACGGCUACGGGAGAUGGCCCUCGUGUCAAAGAAGCAGCUGAAAUACUGGUUUACGAAUGCUCGCCGACGGAUUGUUCCUAGAAUGAAACGGGAGUCCAGAGAACUUUCUCCUCGGGCAUCCUCAGCCCCGGACAUGAAUGUAACAUCUAGCUCAUCUGAUGAUGCAUUCGCUGAUGACUAUCACGAGGAGACUGUUCACACCAUGUCUGCAGCCUCCAGUAGGAAUCUGUCAGUGGACUCAGCCCACACAUCGUCGUCUUCGGGACACAGGCACCCGUCUACGCAGGCAACAGGCAUGCACGCUACGUCGAGCCUAAGCCUAAGGCGUGGUAGCACCAGCGUCCCAGACCUGUCCAGUAGCUGCAGCUCUCAGCUCACCGCCCUGCUUGCUCAGCGCACGCCAAGCGGACGGCCGUUGUAUGACCAGAGACCGGCAAUACCUGCAUCUCAACCUGCCCUUGCACAGCGAGUACCAUCACUGGCUGCCGGUGCAUCCGAUGACAGUGUGCGCACUGUCACACCAUUGCUACCCGCGCCUGCUCGUGUCGAUACCGGCUUUACGUCACCAAGCGCUGGCAGCAGCACUCCACUCGGCGGUGUGCUGGCAGUGACUAGCGUUUCCACAGCCAUUAGGCACCCAGUUCCGGUCACGUCAAUACCUUCGCACCCAACCAUUCUUCUAGUUCCCAGCGGUGCCUCUCCACUCGGCAGCGUUCCAGUCUCCAUGCCGUAUCCGGCCACCAGCCCCUAUGAGUCUACCCUGUUGCAAGCGCAGACUUCAGGUCACACAUCAGCAGGAGCACCAGCAGCACCGGCAGCAGCAGCAGCAGCACCGCAGAUGUUUCACCUUGCGCCCGGCCACCCAAUUCAGCAGGCAGUGCCAAUGACGCCAGGGGCACCAUUGGCCAUGUCACCAUCCUGGCAGCAAGUCAUUGUGCAGCCGCAUGGUGGAAUACAGGCUGGUCCGGUUCAACAAACCCCGCAUUUGCAAGCUUUCCACCUAGGCACAGAGCCAAGGUAUCAACCAUCUGUUGCUAACCCUCAGCAGCUAUUCAUCAUACCGCAGCAUCCACAACAAGCUAGCCCGACAUUCCAGUAUGCUAAACCGUCAUAGCACAAAGCCUGCGAGACACGGCCACUUGGCCAUCCGCCGUCUCCAUCCUCCUAGAAAUCCGCCGUCAGACAACAGGAACUUAACAAGAUAUCCUUCUCCUCCUGCUUGACUCACAAGGAACUAGUGAUCCACACAAAAAACACAUUUUAGGAAACAUUCAGUACAUACAGGCGACUAUGGGCUCUGUGAUUACAUAGAACCAGCUGAGUUAACAUACCACUAAAGCUUUAUUUAAAGCCUUUGAGAUAUGUAAUGUCGACUCAGCUGGUUCUCUUGAAUGCGAUUCUCAACUCUCACUAUUGUGCCCUUGCCGCCUUUUUACAAAAACAAAAAAUACUUGGUGUUGUAUGUUCGUGUCUAGAUUUGCUCAAUAUUUGUCAAACUCUCCUUCAUUUCAUUAUGGUCAAGGUUAUUUUAUUGUGUUAGCCCAGAAUAUCUUUUUGAUACACCAACAAUAUUUCCCUCGCGUUGAUCCUUGACUACCACCUACAGUGGUUCGACAUAUUUUGUGUGUGUUUCUUGUGCAAUGUCUAUGGGUCUCGUCCGUCA